GUCCGCGUAGUGCCAGCUGGCAAGAAGUUGGCUGGCACCUGGCAUGACCCGGCAGCCGGCAAACGCCUAUUACCUCACGUAAUUGAUGAGGAGGACAGGGGAUUUGGCUUCCUGGCCCGGCCCGGGUCAGUCUCCGUCACGAAGGCGCAUGUUGCCAAAAACGCCUGCUGCCCUUUGUGACGCUCCAACGGCCCGACGCAUUUCACUGUACACCACUUCAACGGCCCCUGCUAUCAAGUUGGCUCCAUUUGAGACCCUCGUGGCCGGGGUCUUGUCGCAUCGUAUUGGCUACAUCUCUCACCGGUCCCGCUUAUUCGAAUCAUGCAAUAUGUCUUGCAGCCUGCCUCUUGCGGUCUACAGACAAUCCCUUUGGCUGAAAAUGUAUUCGCCACUGAACGCUUGUACGUGACUGAUUUGCCCGACUCUAAGCACAUGUGACAGUUCAUUUGAUGACGGGUACCAAUCGUUCAUGGCCGCCGCCCAUCUCAAGACCAAGUUAUUUCCCAACUGUUCAGGUGAUAGAAAUUCACCAUUAUAAUUGGUAGCUUCGUCUGCGGCAACGUGAGAAUACGUCAUCUGGCCAGCGCAAACCUUGGAGCCCUCGGUCGGCUUAUUCGCCGUAGCUCACGACAUGCGUGUGUAUGAGCAUCUCAACUCGGCAUCAAAACAAAUAACUGUUUGAUCUAAGCAAUGAAUAAACUAACUGUGCUUUUAUUUGUUUCGUGUUCCGAACCCGACACUUCCGUUAUUUGGUUCCCGUUGAAGAGUUACAAAGAAUAGGAUUUCCUACUCUGCAUGGCGCAAAUUGCGCCUACUCAAGUGUUUCAGUGCCAUUUCAUAGGCCUCUCUAGUGCCGUGUUGGUUAAAUGUGGCGUUUGGUUGUCUUUUCUUCGGCUCAACACUACAAAUUCGCCUUCGCAUCCUCACCGGCUCCUGGCCACCCUCAGCCUCGAUUCCAGUGCUAUUGUGACAUUGAGCUGCACCACAAUUCCCCUUCUUCUUUUUAUUUUUCUAAUCUAGAGUUGAUCUGUUAAGUGGCGGAUUCUUCUCUAACCUGCAGGUUAUCCCCUGUCUUAUGCAUUUCCCUCUUGUACUGCCACCUGCCGAAGCAAACAGCUGGUCACUGAGCCACUGGUAUCCCCUUUUCGCGUAGCAGUACACAACAUAUUGUCAGGAAGAUUAUUCCGAGGUCUUUUGUCUGACCGCCUUCACAAUACUGCUCAGAUCGCCCACGAUUGACAACGAAGGGGACAGCACAAAGAAAUCGAAUAAUCGAAAGAAAGACAGCACAAAAUACCCAACAGCUGCAUUCCCUUGCCUAUAUUCGGGAGUGAAUUCGCAGAAUAUUCCAUAUACAAUCGACACGGUGAUUCUUUAUAACACGGACUUAUUCCUAGUGCCGGGAUCAUCUGGUUACGACCUUGCCGCCGACAGUGGUACCUCGGCAUACAUUGACGAGCACCAAGCGAGCGGUUUCAUCCUAACAUCCAAGAAAUGUAUCAGAAGAUGACGUUGGAUAACAAUAGAGAGGCUAUUGACACCUCACCAAAGCGCCGGAGUGGCCACCACAUCAGCCUCGCUACUACCAGCCAGGCAGGCUGCGAUACUCUGGCAUCGUUUGAUCCAGAAAUGCACGAAAAUCCAGCUAUUUCUUUGGCAGAGAUAUUUGAUGCAUCCGGUGAAAAUGAAUUUUACCCCGAGACGCAUCUAAGCGCCGGUAAUACUUUGGCAAGCCAAAAGUCGGUGCAAGGUCCUAAACGUCGGCGUAUCACACACUCUAGUGAGACUCUUCCCACAGAGAGUUGGAAUAUAUGGAGUGGCCCAAAUCUACACCAUCUCCAACAAUUGCCUACAGAUAGGUCCUUAUCACCACUGUCACGUUUAUUGCUCGACAAUACUGCCACAGUCAGCAUUCACUCGCACACUGCCGGACCACCUAUUCUCAACGACCCAUAUUCAGUAUCGAAGUAUGCUGAUUUCCCGUACUUGUAUAAUAAUCAAGAACUCGGUAACUUACAGUCAUUGACCGAAGGCACUGAAGGGCAUAACCUUCAUGACCUGUUCCUAACAAGCGAUAAAUCAUGCUACAAUUCUAUUUCUGUCGACGAAUUUAUCGAUGAGAACUCCAUAAUGCCAAUGGAUCAAUGUUCUAGCUCAAACUCGAGCUCUACGAAUGAAAAUGAGCCGAAUAUCCAGCCAAUUGCAAUAGCCGCACAACCCCCUGCAAGUUCGCCGCCAAGUUGCAUCGGACACGAAACAGGCUUUUCAAUGUCUGAUAACGCUACCAGAGGCAUCAAGAUGACUGCUAAUAAGGAUAUGCCCAUGGAUAUAGUACCCGAAAGACAUUUGGCUGCUCCAGGGAAUUAUAUAACUGGUCUCUCGCCUGCCUAUGUGUGUGAAUCCAGGCACUCCGAAACUCUGUACUAUGCGACACAAUCUCGAUAUGACCAAGUCGCCGCUCCGCCGAAUGAGUUAAAUCGCGAAUUUGAUAUCUCAAAUUAUUAUUACGAAGGUGGUGAUCUGGACCCUAAUAUCCACACGCCCAUUGCUCCAAAUUAUUCGGGGCGAGAAAACAAUGGACAAGCUUCGAUACGAAGCGGGAAACGAGGACCCUUCAAGGAUCCCUUGCUUCGGAAACAGACUGCGCAGACCAGAAAGCGUGGUUCCUGUAUCCGGUGUCGAAUGCAACGUAUUCGAUGUGAGGCAAACGAAGAUGAACCAGAUGGACCUUGUCUUACGUGUAAGAGGGUUACUGGUAUCAAAGCAGGUCGGUUUCCUUGCUUGAGAUACAAGAUCACGGAUGUAAUGUUGUAUAAGCAAGGGCAGGUCCCUGGUUACGAAUGGACACAGAGAUGGAAUAACAGCAUAUCGGAUCCAAUCCAGAGAUGGGCAUCACCCGAGAUCAAGACCAUCACCAUUUGCGAAGGAUAUUCAAAUAAUGGAGUUCAAUUCCGUGUGAGACAGUUCGUACCUGAAGAGGGGGAUAAACUUGAGAGGACAUGGGAUUACAACGGGCAGAAGAUGGCCGUCCGUGUACCCCCGUACGCCUUGAUUGACAUGGAGGAAGGAAGAGAUGUUUACGAGAGAUACAUUUCUGAGUGUAUGGAUGACGCAUUUAUGUCUAUACUGGGCCCUCCGGAUGGAAUGCUCUCAAGGACGUACCAACAGGCAGUGGAUCUAUCGCGCCGGCACGACACUCUACCUAACACGCUUGACCUCCUUAACUUGACCAUGAGACUAUGGAUGUCAGUUCGGUUAUCGACGAAAACCACCUUUAUCAUAGGAAAAGAGAAACUGGGGAUGCGUCAUGAUAUUUUGGAUAUAACUAACCCAACCCCUGGUAAAAUACCAAUCCCUCCAGUUUUCGGAGCGCAGCUAGACGUCAUCUUGAUUCAUCACAUACAGUCGAAGCUUCGAAGAAAAUUGCUUGAUAAGCUCCAAGACACCAUCUUUCAAAACAAGCAAGGAAAUUGGUUUGUCAUGUAUCUGGUCAAGUUCAUCUUGUUACACAAUACGGCCCUAAUUAUUGAACACGACAUGAAUUACGCUAAGAAACAUGGCAUGAAGGUACGAGUCACUGACAAUUGCGAGGUUGAUUGCUUGCUCACUUUACAGCGUCGGUUUGCACGAGAGCACAAGGUUCAAGAAUACCAUCUUGGUAGGGCCAUCAUCUGAACACUGCAUUGCUCACUUACUAACUAGACUCCAGGAGCAAAUAUCUUGCUAGCUCAUUUCCACUAUUGCAACAAAGGGAUGUAUCCCUUCUCUGAAAAGUGCAAAGAUCAAGAAUUACGACAUCUUGCCCAAUUGAGCGAGGCACAGAUGCACUUUGUGUAUAAAUCAAGGGAAUUUAUUAAAAGACAUGAGACUUCCUGGCUUCACCUUCGUCAACGCCACGAAUAUGAGAAUCCGUGGUUUUAUGUGAGCCAAUUAUAUGAAACGGAUUGGCGUCCCUCCAAGAUGGUCAUUUAAACGAUAGCCAUAGCUACAGUCGAUAUCCGUACUUUUGCAUACAGUGUAAUGAGAAAAUCGUCCAAGCUACUGAUUUGGGCAGACCUUU